AUGGACGGCCAAGCUGAGGGAUCGUCGCAGUACCGGCGCGUGUACCUGCCGCCUCGCUCCGAGUACCGCUUCGAGCUCGAGCCGCACGAACGCAUCUCGAUCCGCCUCGUCCAGAACCGCACGCCGAGCGGACAAGAGCCCGACGCCGAGAUCUUUGGUGCCGAGCUCGUCGGUGGCAGUCAAGAACGAUGGUACCCGUUCGGAGACGAAGCCAAAGCUGCAGUCUCCUCGUGGAAAGGCGCUGAGCUCGAGAUUGCAGGAACGGCGUCCACAGAGUACCUCGCCGACGAACCGUCGCCCGUCUACACCGCCUACUCGAAUCUGCAUCUGUACCUCGAGCGACGACGAAUCCAGGCGCGACAAGCGCUGCGUGCGGAUGCAAAGCUCCUGACCACUCUGGCCGGCUCCGUCUUGGAUCCGAGCUACGUCGCACCGCGCACCACCGAUCAGAGCACAGAUACCGAGUCCGACCCAACAGGAACCGCUGCCACCACCGUCUACCGGCCCGAGGGACAGGGUCCAAGAGUCAUGGUGCUAGGCCCGGAAUCGGCGGGAAAGACGAGCCUGAUCAAGUUCCUCGCCAACUAUGCGCUGCGCUCGCCAGCCGUGGCGAGCCUGGGCAAGGGCGAGGCGGGCAAGGUCGCCGAGAGCCUUCGUCAGGGCGGAGACGGCAUCAUCUAUCCCGACAUGGAGAGCCACCUAUCGGAGGAGGCCAGGAAAGCCAAGCGGGAGGAAGAGAAGCGCAGCGAUAUCACCGGAUGGUGGCCGGUCGUGGUCAACCUCGACCCAAGCGACGGCGCACCGCCACUUCCGUGCUGCCUGUCGGCGCUGCCACUCUCGCCGCUGCCGCUGGCAUCGCUUCCAUCGCCUUCGCCCGCUUUCCCCUUUGGCACGAACACGGCAACCACAGGAGCCAUUCCGCCGGGCACAUCCACCGCACACGGCGUCGCUCCGCUGUCGCUGUGGCUGGGCAAGGAGAACGUGCGCGAGAACGAGCGCCACUUUCGCCGCGUCGUCGACUGGCUCGCCGAGGGUGUGGAGCGUCGGCUGGCGCGCGACUUUCGCUCGCGCAUGUCCGGUCUGCUCAUCGACACGCCCGGCGUCAUCACCGCCGACGCACGCACCAAGUACGCCUUCAUCCAGCACUGCAUCAAGGCAUUCAAGGUGGACACGCUCGUCGUGCUCGGCCACGAGAAGCUCAACCUCGAGAUGACCAAGAUGUUCGGUACGGCCGCAGACACCGCCGAGAUCCCAGGCUCGGGCGGACAGAGGCUGCCGAGGGUGAGCGUGAUCAAGCUGCCCAAGAGUGGCGGCGUGGUGGAGCUCGACGAGACGUACCGUUCGCGUCUCGAGGCACUCCAGGUCAAGACGUACUUUUACGGCGGAUCGGCGCACAAGGCAGUCAGUCAGGAGGGCGGUGUGCCCAAGAUGGUGUUGCCGGGACAUGCGGAUCCGCUGGGUGGAGUGCCAUCGCUCAGUCCGUACAGCACGACGAUCCCAUUCGAUCUGCUCGAGAUCUACAAGAUCGGCCAGGAGUCGCUUGCGCCUUCGUCGGCGCUGCCUAUCGGCGCAUCCAGAACGGUGACCGAGACGCAGCUGGUGAAGCUCGACCCGACCAAUUCCGCUGCGGACCAAACCAGCCUGCUCCACAGCGUGCUCGCGCUGAUCCAGCCGCCGCGCGGAGGAGGCGGCGCAGGCCAGCCAGACUCGUCUACGAAUCCGACCGACGACGAGAUCAUCGGCGCGCCCAUCCUCGGCUUUGUCCAUGUUGCCGAUAUCGACACGGUGCGCAAGAAGAUCACCGUCCUCUCGCCGAGUGCAGGCAGGCUGCCGUCCAAGACGGCCAUCAUCGGUCUCCGCGAAAAGGGUGCGGACGGGCCCACCGCGCUGAUUCAUCGGCGGGGCCCGACGGCGCCGCUGCUGCUCCUCCUCAUCCAUCACCCUCUCGCUCGUCGCUUUAGCUUCGCUCGACCGUCCGGAUGCCCGCCUGGCGACUCGCCCGACUCGCUUUCGGCUGAUCCGACUUGUUCGGACCUGGCGCCGCGCCAUGUCUCUUUGCGCACGCGCGCGCGCGGCUGGCUGAGCCCUGGCCGAGCUUGGCUAGCAUGGCCCAAGCUUGCGACCCGCCUGCGACCCGGCUGCGACCCGGCUGGGCCAGGCGGCGCCUUCUAUAUAGUCGCUCGGCCGCCCGCGCCCCCUCCAUCCCCUCCGGCAUCCCCUUCGCCAUCCCUGCUCCUUCGACGACACCACCACCGUCGUCUCUUCUUGGCUCGCUCCGCCGGCCACCACUACGACCACUACCACCGCCGUCCUCUUCCUCGCUCCGCCAGAGCGCCUCUUUUUGUCGCCCGCCCGCCUGCCUUUUCCAGCGUGCCUCUGUUGGCCGCUCGUCUCCGCCUUGGCCUUUCGUCUCGGUCGCGUGCUGGCCGUCUUUCGCCCAGCAGCGCGCUCCUCUCUCGCUCGCUGGCCUCACCAGCGCGCCUCGGCCGGCCGCUUCUGCCGCCCGCCUCUGCCGGCCGCAUCCCCGCCUUCGUCCCGCUCGCUCGCCGGCCUCCUCCAGCGCGAUUCUGUCGGCCGCUCGCCUUGGCCUUGAUCACCGCGCUCCCCUCGCUCGCUCUCUGGCCUCGCCAGAGCGCUUCUGCCGCCCUCCCCGCCCUCUUGGCUCGCUCGCUCGCCUGCGCCACCAUUGACCGUCGGCGUCUGUCGCAGCGCACCUCUGUUGGCAGAGCGCCUUUGCUAUCGCUCGCCUGCACCCCACCUGCACCCCGCCAGCGCCCGCCAGCGCCCGCCAGCACCCCGCCAGCACCCCGCCAGCGACCCGCCAGCACCCCGCGCUCGUCUCUUCGCUUUCUCGCUCAACAUUUUCGCCCUGGAUCCGCCAUGGCGAGCUCAUCUGGCUCCGGGCAUGGCGCAUAUCGGCCGUCACCGAUGAUUUCGCACCAAACGAGACUGGCCGAUAACCUCGUGGGCCGAGUCUCGUUUGGCGCGCACACGACGGCCGAGGCGCCGCAGGCCAACAUCGACGAAGUGGAGCGGCGCUUCGUCGAGACGGUGCACACGGGCAUCCCAAGCGCCCACACGACCGAGGCCAAAGCCAUGGCCGAGCAGUACUUGCGCACUUUUGUCGAGCAGAUCUAUCUGCCGCGCAUCGCCGGCGGCGUUUCGGACAGCGCCAUCACUGUCGACGACGUGCUCUCCUCGCCGCCGCGCCACGACCUCUCUGCGGACCGCCGCUUUUGGACCAUGUUGGCGCAGUCUAGCAUCUGCCGCUAUCGCGAGCCGCUGGUUGACGACGAGACGCGGAUCUAUGUCCAGCCGGCGCUCGAGUGCUUCGCGAUCAUCAAGGCGACCUAUUCGCGCCUCACGCGCCGCCCCGUCGACCUCGCCGUGCUUCAGGAGGCCAAGGCACUCAUCCGCCGGGGCAACGUCUCUGCUCAACGCGGCAAGCCGGUAGCCACCCACGACAAUUUCGUCCACUUUGUCUGCCAGGGCCUGUUCGGCAGCCAUCUGCUGCAGCGCUGCCCGCGCGAGCAGAUGCAGAUGGCCGCGUUCCAUCUCCUCAUCGCCUACUGCACCGUGCCGCCCAGCGAGGUUGUGCUCGGCCGAUUGCAGAGCGACGCGCUACGCUGGCGCGAUGUCGACUUUUACCUCACGCUCUGGGAUCCGGACGAGGAGGGCGAUGAGGACGAUGACGAGGGCGGUCUGCUCUUCGUCAUCGACGACAACAACGACGCUGACGACGAAGGCGGCAGGGCCGCUCAAGCAGCCGAGGAGCGGCAAGUGGCCGAGGGGGCGGGCGGCCAAGACGGCCCAGGCGAAGUCAUCGGCGAGCGCCUGUUCGGCGAGCGCGCGACAAGCGCUCGCCGAGCGCCAGCCAGGCCGCCGCGCUUCCGGCUCCACUGCGACGUCACGUUCCGCAAUGUCAAGAGCUCCCCGGCCAACCCGGCUACGUGGUGCAGACAGCCGCUGUACGACAGCGGCGGCGCCGCCUGCCUCGAGCCCGCGCUGCUGCUCGCACAGAUGGCCGAGGAGGACGCCAUCUUCGACCACGGGCUCAGCAUCGCCACCGUCUUUGAUUCGACGGAUCCGUCGUACUUUGACGAUCGCGACUUCCUCACGAUCCCCACCAAGCGCGACGCCGGCGACCAGUUUGUCUUUCGGGCGUUUGAGCUCGUCGAUGUCGGCUCGUCGGACGAUGGCGCCGCCGCACCAUCCACCGCCGCCGCACCAUCCACCCCGGCAUCGACCUCAACAUCCAGCGCCGCCCCGUCCACCUCGGCAUCCGCUGCCGCAGCGCCCGCCGCCGCCGUCGCACCGCCAUCCGCCACCAUUGCGCCGUCGCCGCCGCCGCCCAACCUGCGGUGGACCGUCUCGACUUCGGAACCCUACACGCUCAGCAUGGCCAACGCCACCACGGCCCGGCUGGCCAAUGCAUGCGGACUUCCAGAAUUCCGGUCUGAUGCGGUGCUGCGCAUGACGGUCGAGAAAAUCAAGCGGACCUCGAUCACCAGGUCCGAGCGGCCUCCCUCGCCCAGCUAUCUGUCGAGCCGCAUCGACAUCGAUACCCAAGGCCUGGUCCAAGCGGGCCGCGAGAGCAAAGAGCGCAUCUUCGAAUACGCCCUGCGUCGCUUCGAGUCGAUCGUGCCAAGGCCCUUGACGCUCGACGCAAGCGCCAGGUCGGCCGUCGAGCAGCACGCCAAGCUGCAGCGCCUCGUUGCCGAGCUCGCCGAAGCCAACGCAGCGCUCGACGAGACGCUCGCCCAGCCGGCACCGCCGCCGCCGGACCAGCUCGAAGCGCUCACGGCCGAGCGGCUGCGCCGUAAACUGCGCGUCGACAAUCUGCGCCGCCGGCUGCGCCAGCGCGCGCUCGUCGAGGAGGCCGAGCAGGAAAUGGCCAUCCAGGCGCUCCGCGGCCAAGCCUGGCGCCCAGUCCAAGCCCAAGCCGGCGGCUCGACCGCACCAGCCAGGCGCACCGCACAGAGCCCCGCCGAGACGCGCCGAGACGUGGACGACGAGAACGGAGAAGCCGGGCCCGUCCGGCGAGUGAGGCAGCGCGCGGAGUGA